AUGCUUAUAAAAGAAUAUAGAGUAAUUAACAACUGUACACGCGACGAAUAUCAAGUUGCUCAGCUAUAUGCGGUCGCCGAAGCUUCAAAGGCCGAAACUAGCGGAGGCGAAGGCGUUGAAGUAAUCAAGAACGAACCUUACGAUAAUGGAAGAGGUCAAUAUACGUAUAAGAUAUAUCAUUUUUCUAGCAAAGUUCCAACGUUAAUCAGAGCAUUGGCACCCAGUGGAGCGCUUGACCUUUACGAAGAGGCGUGGAAUGCUUACCCUCAUUGCAAGACAGUCUUAACAAAUGGAUACAUGAAAGAAAAUUUUAAAUUGGUCACUGAAUCAAUGCAUAUUGAUAAUAGCCGUGGCGAAGUAGAAAAUGCUUUGAAUAUUUCUCAAGACCUACUUGAGAAACGUCAAGUAGUAAUAAUCGAUAUUGCAAAUGAUUCCAUUGAUAAGAAAGAUUACCGGGAAGAUCAAGAUCCUACUUUGUUCCAUUCUGAAAAAACCGGUAGAGGCCCGUUAAAAGGCGAUUGGAUUAAAACUGUCACACCGGUUAUGACUUGUUAUAAGCUUGUUACUGUAGAGUUUAAAUGGUUCGGUCUUCAAACUAAAAUUGAAGCAUUUAUCCAAGAUUUCCAUAGACAAGUUUUCAGUUGGACUGAUAAAUGGUUUGGUAUGACCAUGGAAGAUAUUCGUGCAUUAGAAGAUAAAACAAAACUAGACCUUGAAGAGUCACUAUCAAAACCAAUAGAAGUCACGGAAGUUGAAGCUAGUGAACCGGUUGUUGUUAGGGCUUAA